CCCCACCUCGUCCACCUCGUCCGCCGUUCGCCAUGCCCGAGGUCAUCCAGGAAGUCGACUACGAAGGCCUCAGCACCGACUCGCUCGCCAUCAAUAUGCUCGCCGGGUCGCUCGCCGGCAUCUCGGAGCACGCCGUCAUGUUCCCCGUCGACAUGAUCAAGACUCGCAUGCAGGUCCUGACGACGAGCCCGACCGCCGCCUACGCGUCCAUGUCCGAGGCCUACACCCGCAUUUCGUCGACCGAGGGCACCCGGCGAUUGUGGCGCGGCGUCGCGUCCGUCAUCCUCGGCGCCGGCCCGGCCCACGCCGUCUACUUUGGCAUGUACGAGCUCGCAAAGGAGCUCGCAGGCGGCAACGACAAUGGCUACUCGUUCGUCGCGACGGCCGGCGCAGGCGCGGCGGCCACCAUCACGUCCGACGCCCUCAUGAACCCGUUCGACGUCGUCAAGCAGCGCAUGCAGGCGCACGGCUCGCAGUUCCGCACGGUCGCAGAAACUUUCCGCACCGUGUACCGCACCGAGGGCCUCGCCGCGUUCUACGUCUCGUACCCGACGACUUUGACGAUGACGGUCCCGUUCACGGCCGUCCAAUUCUCGACGUACGAGUUCAUCAAGGACAGGAUUAACCCGCUCAACACGUACUCGCCCAUGACGCACGUCACGGCCGGCGGCAUCGCCGGAGCUGUCGCCGCCGCCGUCACGACGCCGCUCGACGUGUGCAAGACGCUGCUCCAGACGCGAGGUCUGUCGGACGACGCGGCGAUCCGCAACGCCCGAGGGCUCGGCGACGCCUUCCGCAUCAUCUACUCGCGACACGGUCUCGCCGGCUUUGCGAGGGGCAUGACGCCGCGCGUCCUGACCAACAUGCCGUCGAACGCGCUCUGCUGGCUGUCGUACGAGGGCUUCCGGUUCUUCCUCAAGGGCGGGCACAACAAGCCGCCGCCGCCCGUCGUCGCCGUCAACCCUUGA